GAAACGCUUGUCUGCUUGACUCAGGUUCUUCUAGUUUCAGUCACACUGAUGAAGGCACUAGCUGAAACGCUUGUCUGCUUGACUCAGUUUCUUCUAGUUUCAGUCACACUGAUGAAGGCACUAGCUGAAACACUUGUCUGCUUGACUCAGUUUCAGUCACACUGAUGAAGGCACUAGCUGAAACACUUGUCUGUUUGACUCAGUUUCUUGUGUUUUUGACCGGUAUCUUUUUCCUACAGGAUCUGAAGGAACUAACAGAAAGGCUGAAGCGGGGAGUGAGGGAGCCCGAGGCUGUCUCAGAGCAGCUGCACCGGGGGCUGUACCAGGGUCCUCUGCAGUACACGCUGUGGAAGAAGCUGAGAGCCAUCAUCAAACCAGCUCCCUGCACUGUGACCCUUGACCCCGCCUCCGCUAGCCCUCACCUGACCCUCUCAGAUGACCUCACAUCUGCCCGCUACAGCUACACCCCCCAGCAACUGCUGACACCCGAGCCGACCAAUCAGGAAACUCGAUUCGAUAUCUGCGCCUGUGUGCUGGCCAGUGAGGGGUUCACCUCCGGAAGACACUACUGGGAGGUGGACGUUGGGGGUCACCCAGAUUGGGACAUUGGUGUCGCCAUGGAGACAGCAGGGAGAGAGGGGUGGGUGAUUCUGAGCCCUGAGAAUGGGUACUGGACCUUCGGACACCAGGACUGUUCACUGGUGGGUAUUUACCUGGAUUACGAGGGUGGGCAGCUGUCUUUUUACAGCGCUGUGGAUAUGAGGCACCUCCACACUUUCAUCGAGGCGCAGUUCGAAGAGGCGCUGUACCCCUUCUUUUACCCGAGCGCGGACUCCAGCGGCAAGCCACUGCGUAUUAUGAACCCCCAAGUUUAGAAUUGAGAGUGUGUCCCCCUCAAGCGUGCAAAAAUUCUGAUUUAAAUCAAGAAAAGCCAUAACUUUACAUUCGGUGGAUCCAUGCAUUCAAAGAGAAGACACGCAGGUGAGCUGCUUCUCAGACCAUCCCAGAGUGUUCAGUGGCACUGAAAGAGUGUUUAUAGUGGGGGUGCUGAAAGCCACUGAAUAAAACUGUUACCCCUGUAUAUGAUGGAAGCCAUGCAUUAGGUUGCUAUUAUGUUAAAACAUGUUAAUCAAUACGUUUAUCUAUUUAAGAAAAAUGCUUUAAUCACAGUCCCUCCUGUAACGUUUACAACUUGCUUACAAUAAAAUG